AUAUUCCUCAAAAUUGUCAUCAAUUGCGAUUUUAUACUCUUUUUGCAAAUAUACAUGUUAUUUAUGUAAUAAAGAAUAAACCGUCUAUUUAAAAGUGUAUAAAAUGUAAAUUUUCCAACGAAUAAAUGAAUAAACCUUUAACGCAUUUGUCUUUGUUAAUUUUAUGCAAAACCGUUUGAGUUGAAAGAUAAUUUAUUUUGUAACACUAUUUUGAAAUGUAAUUAUGGCACGUUUCAAUAAAGAUACAUUUAUAGAGUGUUUACCAAUAAGUGUAUAUAAUGAUUUAGUCAAUGCAUUAAAUAAAGAUUCAGCUUGGAUGACACUAGCAACUCAUGUAGCUGAAUGGCUGGAAUAUCCAGGUGCUUUGUGGAUUCAGUCUUUAAAAGACAUAAAACACCCACAUGAAUCUUCUGGACAGAAACUACUUUCUGAAUUAAAUAUUAAAAUGUGCACCGUAGAAAUCUUAUGUACAUUGUUAAAUGAAUGUAAUCUUCUUAAUGUUCUUUCUAUAUUAUCACAUUCAGAACCACUAAAUAUUAUUGUGCAUCCAACAGAAGAAUUACAAACUAACAUUUUAAAAAUUUCAUUUGGACAACAUCUUCGCUUAUGUUGUAUGGCAGUUGGUAUGCCACCACCAAAUUAUAUAUGGUAUCAUGGAGAUGCACAAUUGCAAAAUUGUACUUCUAAUCAACUUGAUAUUAUUAUUACCAGUGCAUCUCAAUCAGGAGAAUAUAGGUGUAAAGUGCUUCAGAUAAAACAUGAUGGAACUCUAAUAUCAACUUUAAUUUCUAAAGCUGUAACUGUCCAAGUUUGUCCUAUACCUGUUAAAAUAGAAAAACAACCACAAGCAUUGAUUGAAGUCAAAGCUGGUGAUAGUUACACAAUUUCUUGUGAAGCUAAUGGCUACCCUAAACCACAUUAUCAGUGGUUCCAUGAAAAUACUAAAUUAGAAGGGGAAACUUCUAAUACAUUACAUAUACAAAAAUUCAGUUCAAAAUAUGAAGGGAAAUAUUAUUGUUACAUUUAUAAUGAUAUUAGUGAAGUCUAUACUGAAAAGACUCAUGUGAUGAUGGAUUAUCCAAGAUUGAAAGCAGUUGCAAAAAUAGCUUUAAUUAUUGCAAAUGGAGAGUAUGAACAUCAUGGGACUCUUCCAACUGCUAGGAAUGAUGCUGCACAUAUAGCUAAUCUUCUUAAAGAAAUAGACUUUGAAGUAAUUUGCCUGAUGAAUUUGACUAUUACUCAAAUGAAAAAAGCGAUACAAUUAUUUAGUGAAGCUUUAGUGGCUGGUGUAUAUGGUUUAUUUUAUUUUGCUGGUCAUGGUUUCAAAAUACAAGAAAGUUAUAUGCUUGCAACAGAUUCUCCAGAAACAUAUUUAAGAAAAGAUGCAAUAUGUGAAAGUGAAUUAUUAACUGCAUUCCUUAAAAAUGAUCCUAAAUUAUUAAUUAUUAUCUUAGACAUGUGUCAAACUUUGCCCCCAAAAGAAUUUAAUCCCGAUAUUUAUCGCGAGCUACCAACAGUAAAUGAAUACAAAAGCAAUAAAAAUCUUCGAAACUUAAUUCAAGCAUAUUCCACGUCUAGUUAUCGACCUAGCUAUGAAAAAGUAAACAGCAAAUAUGGUUUAUACGUGACUCAUCUUAGUAAAUAUAUUACUGAAAAUAUAACAGUCACAAAAAUAUUUGAAAAUGUAGGAAAAUCUUUUGAUAGCAGUUUCAAAGGUAAAGAACGCAAUCAGAUUCCAAUGUUUGCUUCAUCAGUUACGAAGCCGUUUCGACUUACUGAUGCUAUAUACAAAAAAAAUCUUCCAGAUUCCAUUAGUUAUUUAAACAAAAUAAUAUCAUUCUCAACACAAACACUAAAUAUAACUUUCAAACAAGUAAAUAUGAGUACUAGAAUUAUAAUAUCACUAUUCAUGGAACCCUAUUUAAAUUCAAUAAAAAUCAAAGUACUUGACUUACAAAACGUAGAAAUCAACUUCCUUAAUUACAUACCUGCGAAACGAAAUAAUUUAUACCAGGAUCAAGAUAGAAAAGAAUGCUGGAUCCACAAUCCUCAGAUUAACGAGGGACCACUAAUUAUCUCCAUUGCCAAGAAUGGAACUCCUAUUGAUGCAACAUUGUUACACAUAAAAGAUUACAUACCUCCAUUAUUAAAAAUUAUAAACUGUUAAAAUAUUAAUAUCACUUUUAUUUUCUAA